AAAUAUGACCGGAGAAAGUUUAUGGUACUUUGUUGUAGUUGGUCCGGAGUCGCCACACAAUUCUCGGACUGUGUUUGUCUCCCUUCCCAGAGGAUGGCCGGAGGGAACCCUCAGAACAAGUCAUCGCUCCCGAAGCCGCCGCCGCCGCAGCCGUCAUCAGCCUCAUCUUCCCACCGCAAAUCCCGUUGGGAAUCCACCAGCAACGCCAGCAAGAAAUCUCCGGCGUCCGAUCCUAGAUCCGGCGAAUCCAAGAAUCCCAAACCCUCCACCGCUGCUCCAUCCCCCAAAACCAAACCCACUCCAAGUCCCGCUCAUGCUAAACACCACCCUAGCGAAAAUUUAACCCAUCAAUCAGCGGGGUCCGCCGCCCGAGCUCCCUCUCCCGGGGCUCCGUUUCCCUUUCCGGAUCUUGCUAGCUUGGGGCCACCACCUACGCCGGCGUAUGGCUUCCACAUGCUCGAGCGCCGUACGAUUGUUCUAGCAGACGGUAGCGUCAGAUCCUACUUUGCUCUCCCUCCUGAUUAUCCUCUUGAUCCACCAGGGAGAUUGUUCCCACCCCCAUUAGGUCCCGGUUUCGAUCCGGGUCGAUUCGGAACCCGAUUCCUCCCGGACCACAUCACCUUGAUGAUCAAGAUGGAGGGCGUGGUGGGAGGCACCAAGAUUACUGGGAUUCGAUUGGUCUUGAUGCGUGGUGGUGGACCUGUUGAAGGUUCGGCGAAGAGGAAGUUUGUUGGUGAUGAGGUGGAAAGAGAUGACCUUGCUCGGCAAAGAAAGCAACUUUUGCACGAUGCUAAUGUUAAUCCAAAUGGGUUUCCACCAAGGGGCGAGUUUUCUAGGGGGAUAAGCGGGCCGUUCAAGCAUGAUUUGAUGGAUCCUGGACGAGAGUCUGAAUUGAGAGCUUCCAAAUAUAUGAGGGUCGGUGGGGCUUAUGAAAAUGUAGGUUUUAGGCAAUCUGGUGGCAUUGGUGAUAACGUGGCCCUUAAACAUUUGGAGGUUGAUCAGGAUGCACUUAAGAAAGCGUUUCUUCAAUUUGUUAAGUUAGUUAAUGAAAAUGUUACGCAGAAGAGGAAUUACUUAGAGGACGGAAAGCAUGGGCGGAUACAGUGCGUUGCUUGCGGCAGGUCUUCUAAAGACUUUCCAGAUAUGCAUGCUCUCAUUAUGCACACCUACAACUCAGAUAAUGCUGAUUUGCGUGUUGAUCAUUUGGGCUUACACAAAGCCUUGUGUGUUUUAAUGGGUUGGAACUACUCAAAGCCUCCUGAUAACUCAAAGGCAUAUCAGUUCCUUCCUGCUGAUGAAGCAGCAGCAAAUCGGGAUGAUCUGAUCUUGUGGCCUCCUAUGGUGAUCAUCCAUAACACAAUUACUGGAAAGGGAAGAGAUGGUCGCAUGGAGGGCUUGGGGAACAAAACAAUGGAUAAUAAAGUUAGAGAACUUGGAAUUGGGGGUGGCAAAUCAAAGUCAUUAUAUGGAAGAGAAGGUCAUCUGGGUAUAUCACUGAUUAAAUUUGCCGGGGACCAAUCCGGUGUUUGUGAAGCCAUUCGGCUUGCCGAGCACUUUGAGAAGGAGAAUCAUGGACGCAAGGUGUGGGCCCGUGUGCAGCCCCCGGCAUUAUUAGGUAAGGACGAUGAGAACAAUCCGAAUUUAGUAAAAUAUGAUGAGAAGAAAGGAGAGAAGAGGAGGAUCUUGUAUGGCUAUCUGGGGACUGCUUUUGAUCUUGAAAAGAUUGAUUUUGACACUAGGAAGAGGGUGGUGAUAGAGAGCUUGAGGGACAAAGCUCAACCAUCCAGGUAGUUUCUGGAUGAAAUCUUAUCCUCAAUUGAUGAUUAUAGCUUUAGCUUCAAUGUAAUUUUCAAGUCACUUUCUGUGGUAUGUUAGGAUGCGGCCAAUGCCGUUAAGUGGAAUUUUGGUUUCUUCAGGGUGGUUGUGUUGGGAGGUGAGUCUGAUUGCCUCCUUUAAUCUGAUGCUCUGAUGCGCACUCUUUUUGUGCGUUUUGGAGUAACAGUUGUGUGGCAGCUUAGGUACAUUGGCUGAAAGGAAUCUUCAGAAGUUAACGGAACCA